UACAUAAGUUCAGAAUUAAUCUGACAUCUAAGAUAGCUUUUCCCUUCAGAAACCAUGGAGCUUAACACCAAAAAUAUUGUAUCACCUAUGUUCUUAUCCUUCUUCUUGUUCAUAGUAUUUAUCCUAUUUUUCAAAUCAAAAAAACCAAAACCUUCAAACUCCAAGUUACCACCAGGUCCACCAACACUACCUAUUAUAGGAAACUUGCAUCAAAUUGGUUCAAUGCCUCAUCAUAGCCUAACAAAAUUAUCACAAAAAUAUGGACCAAUAAUGCAUAUAAAACUAGGUGAAAUUUCAACCAUAGUUGUUUCUUCACCUGAAAUUGCAAAACAAAUAAUGAAAACACAUGACAACAAAUUUUCAGAUAGGCCACAUCUUCUAGCUGCUGAUAUUAUAACCUAUGGUUCUAAGGGCAUGACAUUUUCACCUUAUGGUAGUUAUUGGAGACAAAUGAGAAAAAUUUGCACCUUUGAACUAUUAACACCAAAACGUGUUGAAUCAUUUCAAUCAAUUAGGGAACAAGAAGUGUCAAAUAUUGUCAAAGAGAUAGGUUUGAGUGAAGGGUCAUGUAUUAAUCUUAGUAAGAUGAUUAAUUUAUUUUCUUUUGGUUUAACAUCAAGAAUUGCUUUAGGAGGAAAAUCUGAAGAUCAAGAAGCUUUUAUGGUUGCUAUGAAGGAUGUUUUGAAACUAGUUGGUGGUUUUUCUAUGGUUGAUUUGUUUCCUUCAUUUCAAGUGCUUCAUUUUUUGACAGGGGUAAAAGCUAAAGCUGAGGAGGUGCAUAAAGAAAUUGAUAGGAUUCUUGAGAAAAUUUUAAGGUAUCAUCAAUUGGAUACAAGUUUAGAAACAAAGAAAAUCAAUAGAAAAGAUGGUGAAGAUUUAGUUGAUGUAUUACUAAGGCUUCAGAAGCAGAACAAUCUUGAGCAUCCUUUAUCUGACAGCAUUAUCAAAGCAAACAUGUUGGAUAUCUUUAGUGCGGGAAGUGGUACAUCGGCCAAAACCUCAGAGUGGGCGAUGUCGGAACUUAUCAAAAACCCUAGAGUGAUGGAAAAGGCACAAGCCGAGGUAAGAAGGGUGUUCGAUGCAAAAGGUCAUGUAGAUGAAGCAAACAUUCACGAACUAAAAUACUUAAAGUCGGUAAUAAAAGAAACAUUUCGUCUGCAUGGUCCCGUUCCAUUGUUACUACCAAGGGAAUGCAGUGAAAGUUGUGAAAUAAAUGGAUAUGAAAUACCAGCUAAGACUAAAGUCAUAGUUAAUGCGUCUGCAAUUGGAAUGGAUCCAAACUACUGGAAUGAACCGAAGAAAUUUUAUCCAGAAAGGUUCAUUGAUAGCUCAGUUGAUUACAAAGGUGUGGAUUUUCAGUUUAUUCCAUUCGGUGCUGGGAGAAGAAUGUGUCCUGGAAUUACGUUUGGCAUUGCUAAUGUUGAAAUCUUACUAGCAAAUUUGCUUUUCCAUUUCGAUUGGAAAAUGGUUGAUGGAAAUAAGGCUGAAGAACUUGACAUGACUGAAUCGUUUGGUUUGUCGGUUAGAAGGAAACAUGAUUUGUGCUUGAUUCCGAUUAUGUAUCAUUCGUCUCCUAAGUUGUAGUUAAAUAAAAUUGUUUCGAAGUUUAUGUAUGAAUUAAAAUAGUUUAGAUACAAAUAUCUAUCUUUGAGGUUUUGUUGAAAACAAGAUAACAAAACUAGAAGAACAGUUUGUCCACCGACGAAUUGAUCGAGUGUGCAUGUUAAUAGGAAAGUAGUAUCUGCCAUUUACCGGCUGAGAGAAUACAUUAUGUCACUUACUAUGAACGAUCGUCUUUUGUUUACUAAGAGAACGUAAAAAAUAGUUAAAGUCUGUUUCAUCAA